AAUUUUCCAUUUGACUUCAUAAACAGAUUCAACUUCCAACACUUCAAAAACUGAAAAAUUGGAUUUAAACAACUUCCAACACUUCAAAAACUGAAAAAUUGGAUUUAAUCUUCCUAACAAAAAGAGCACAGCCAUUCUAUUUAUACUGUUUCUGUGUGGAUUGGGCAGACAGCUAUGGGUAUCUUGAAAUGGCUGAUCAUUCUAAUAUUCCAACUUUACUACCUUUUCUACCUCAACAUAGCAGACCCUGAUUUCACUUUUCAAUCAGAAUGUAAAGGUAAUAAGACCGAGUUCUCCCCAAAUAGUGCUUACGACACUAACCUCAACACACUCCUCUCCUCUGUUUCGCGUAACAUAGACAGUGAUGGUUUCUAUAAUACUACCAUAGGCCAAGACCCUGACAAGGUUAGUCUCAUCGCGCAAUGCAGGGGAGACGUCGACUUACAAACAUGCCGUGACUGUAUAAAUAAUGCUACUCGCUUGAUUGUAGAGGUAUGUCCUUACAGGAAAAAGGCCUUUGGCAUUUAUGAUAGGUGUCUGCUAAGAUAUUCAAAUGAGUCCUUCAUAGGCACCGUGUCGACUGACCCACAGCAAAUUUAUUAUGUAAUGCGAAAUUUCUCGGAUCCCAAUUUGUUCUUUAACCAAUAUCUGACACCUGUGUUGGAAAGUUUACGAAGUCGAGCUUCAAUGGGUGGGAAGCGCAAGUUUGCUGCUAAUGUUACUGGCGCCCUUGAUUUUCAGACAGUAUAUGCACUUGUACAGUGCACAGCCGAUUUAUCAGCUCAAGGUUGCUUCGAAUGUUUGAGUACUAUCUAUAGAAGUUUGCCUGGCUGUGAAUGUUAUGCAAAAUACGGCAACUACAUUUUGAUGCCCAGCUGCAUUCUCCGGUAUGAACCUUACUCUUUCUUCAAUGAGUCGGCAUUGGCUGAAGCCCCGCCGCCCUUAUGGCGAUCGCCACCACCAGCCUCAUUGCCACCGCCACCCCCAGGAAAGGAUGACAAAACCGCACGAACUGUCAUCAUUAUUGUUGUAUCCACUGUCACAGUUGCUGUUUUUAUUGUUUGUAUUCUUGUCAUCUUGAUGAAGAGGCGAAAGAGGAAGCAGCUGGUGAGCAAAAGAGAGGGUAUAUCGGUGGAUGAUACUAGUUUUGUAGAAUCUUUGCAAUAUGAUUUUUCAGCAGUUAGUGCAGCAACAUAUAAUUUUUCCAAUGCUAAUAAGUUGGGACAAGGCGGAUUUGGUCCUGUGUACAAGGGUAAGCUUCCAAAUGGUCAGGAAGUUGCAGUGAAAAGAUUGUCAGCAGAUUCAGGCCAAGAUGAUCUAGAAUUAAAAAAUGAGGUCAUGUUGGUUGCCAAGCUUCAACACAGGAAUUUGGUUAGAUUGCAAGGAUUUUGCCUAGAUGGAACAGAGAGACUUCUUAUCUAUGAAUUUGUUCCCAAUGCAAGCCUUGACUACUUUUUAUUUGAUCCGGUUAAACGCAGACAAUUGGAUUGGGAAAGAAGAUCCAAAAUCAUAGGAGGCGUUGCUAGGGGAAUUCUUUAUCUUCAUGAGGAUUCUAGACUUCGGAUCAUUCAUCGUGAUCUCAAAGCUAGUAAUGUUCUACUUGAUGCAGAAAUGAAUCCUAAAAUUGCAGACUUUGGUAUGGCAAGGCUAUUUACACUGGAUGAAACUCAAGGCAACACAAGCAGAAUUGUUGGGACCUAUGGAUAUAUGGCACCAGAGUAUGCAAUGCACGGGCAAUUCUCAGUCAAAUCAGAUGUUUUUAGCUUUGGAGUGCUAGUCCUUGAAAUUUUAAGUGGACAAAAAAACACGUGUUUCAGAAAUGGAGAAUCUGCGGAAGACCUUUUGAGCUAUGCUUGGACGAACUGGCGUGGAGGAACAACUAUAAAUUUGAUCGACCCCAUAUUGAGGGGAAGCACAAGACUAGUUCGUGACAUAAUGAGAUGCAUCCACAUAGCUUUAUUGUGCGUUCAAGAAAAUGUGACUGAUAGACCAACCAUGGCAGCAGUUGUUCUCAUGCUCAGUAGCCUCUCUCUGAGUCUUCCAGUGCCUUCAAGGCCUGCAUACUAUAUGCAGAGCAGUAGUGCAAAGAUGCCGCUUAUGCAAGAAUACAACACAAGAAUGUCAGAAUCUAGUGAAUUUGCCAAAUGUAAAUCUAUUGGUUCAUCACGAAAUGAGGCGUCGAUAUCUGAGUUAUAUCCUAGAUAAUAGCUUUAUAUACAAUUGCCUUUCUUAAUGAUGAGAUGGAUGAGAUGCGGAGGCAUGUGUCAGCAAUGAAUAAGAAACUUAGAAGCCCAGAGAUCAGAUCAACAUGCUAUGGUUAUUUGCUCCCUUCCUCCCUCCGAGUCUAGUGUUAGUGCCUCCGAUGAAAAUGAGAAAUAACUUGUUUAUUUGAA